AUGGCCGCUGCGUUCGCCGCCGACACCGACCGCUUCGAUCCGCUGAACGCUGACGACGUCCGGUCCUACCUCCACAAGGCCGUGGACUUCGUCUACGACUACUACAAGUCCGUGGAGUCCCUCCCCGUGCUCCCGGGCGUCGAGCCGGGCUACCUGGUCCGCCAGCUCAAGUCGGCCGCGCCGCCGAACGCCGCCGCGCCGUUCGACGUCGCCAUGCACGAGCUGCGCGAGGCUGUGGUGCCCGGGACCACGCACUGGGCCAGCCCCAACUUCUUCGCCUUCUUCCCCGCUACCAACAGCGCCGCGGCCAUCGCCGGCGAGCUCGUCGCCUCUGCGAUGAACACCGUCGGGUUCACCUGGCAGGCCAACCCCGCCGCCGCCGAGUUGGAGGCGCUCGCGCUCGACUGGCUCGCGCAGCUCCUCCUCCUGCCCGACAGCUUCAUGAACCGCCACACCAGCGCUGCAGCUGCUGCCGCUGGGAGGGGAGGCACGGGCAAUGGCACUGCAGGCACUGGCACUAUAGGCGGUGGCGUCAUCCUCGGCACCACCAGCGAGGCGAUGCUGGUGACGCUCGUGGCGGCCCGCGACGCCGCGCUGCGCCGAAGCGGCUCUGACGGCAUGGCCGGGAUCACGCGGCUGACGGUGUACGCUCCUGACCAGACGCACUCCACCUUCUUCAAGGCGUGCCGUCUCGCCGGCUUCGACCCGGCCAACAUCCGGUCCAUCCCCACCGGCGCGGACACGGACUACGCGCUGGACCCGGCGAGGCUGCUGGAGGCGAUGCGGCGCGACGCGGACGCCGGGCUCGUGCCGACGUACGUGUGCGUGACGGUCGGCACGACGUCGUCGAACGCGGUCGACCCCGUGGGCGCCGCGGCCGACGCCGCGGCCGCGUUCGGCGCGUGGGUGCACGUCGACGCUGCGUACGCCGGCAGCGCGUGCAUCUGCCCGGAGUUCCGGCACCACCUGGACGGCGUGGAGCGCGUGGACUCCGUCAGCCUGAGCCCGCACAAGUGGCUGCUCACGUGCCUGGACUGCACCUGCCUGUGGGUGCGCGACACGCGGCGGCUCACCGAGUCCCUGGAGACCCGGCCGGAGUACCUGCGGAACGACGCCAGCGAGUCCGGCGCCGUCACCGACCUCAAGGACAUGCAGGUCGGCGUCGGCCGCCGCUUCCGCGGGCUCAAGCUCUGGAUGGUCAUGCGCACCUACGGCGCCGCCAAGCUCCGGCAGCACAUCCGCAGCGACGUCGCCAUGGCGAAGGUGUUCGAGGAGUGCGUGCGCGCCGACGACCGGUUCGAGGUCGUCGUUCCGAGGAACUUCGCGCUCGUCUGCUUCAGGAUCAGGUCGAGUGCCACCGCCGGCAUGACGGAGGAGGACGCCGAGGCGGCCAACCGGGAGCUCAUGGAGCGGCUGAACCGGAGCGGGAGGGUGUUCCUGGCCAACACCGUGAUCGGUGGCAAGUUCGUGCUGAGGUUCGCGGUGGGUUCGACGCUACAGGAGGAGAGGCACGUGCGGAGCGCGUGGGAUCUCAUUAAGAUGACCACCACCGAGAUCAUAAAGGGACAGAUGGAUUAA